AUGAUAAAUAUAAAAAUAUCUACAAAAUAAUAUAAUGUAAAAUAAAAAAAAAGAUAUAUAUAAAAUAAUUAAUAUUAAAUAUUUAGAAAUUUCACAAAAUGGAUAUUGCUAAAUCAUUAUUUAAUGUUCGUGAUCAUGAAGGUUAUAUUGGUAAAGAAGACUAUAAUAAAAAAUUAGAAACUGCUGCUUCUGAAGAUGAAUUUGAAAUAGAAAUUACAGGAUUAUGUGGAGAAAUUUUAUCUCCUGCACCAGGAGGUCCAUUUUCUGCUUUAACUCCAUCUAUGUGGCCUCAAGAUAUUUUAGCUAAAUUAAAUCAACCUGAUGAUCCUAAUUCACAACCUGAGUAUAGGUUUGAUGAAUUUGGAUUUCGUGUAGAAGAAGAAGAUGGCCCAGAACAAAGUUCAAAAAAAUUAUUAGGUAUUCCAUUUGUUGAAGAUCCUCAACAUAGAUUACAAUGGGUUGCUCUCUUAGAAUUCAGUCAUAAUAAAGAAGUAACUGAAUUUUCUUGGCAAAAUAUGGAUACAAGAUUACCACGUACAGAUAAAUUGCGGGAUAUGGUUCAUCAUGGUGUACCUCAUUCUCUUAGACCACAAAUUUGGAUGAGAAUGUCAGGAGCACUUCAAAAAAAAUGUUCUUCUGAGAUAAUGUAUAAAGAUAUAGUUAAAGCAUCAAGUAAUGAUGCAUUAGUGACUAAUAAACAAAUUGAGAAAGAUUUAUUACGUAUUAUGCCAGCCAAUGCAUGUUUUAGUCAUCUUCAUAGUACAGGAAUACCACGUUUAAGACGUAUUAUGCGUGCUCUUGCUUGGUUAUAUCCUGAUAUUGGAUACUGUCAAGGUACAGGAACAAUAGCAGCUUCUCUACUAUUAUUAUUAGAAGAGGAAGAUACUUUUUGGAUGAUGGCUACAAUAGUAGAAGAUUUAUUGCCAGCAUCUUACUAUUCUUCAACAUUAUUAGGUAUUCAAGCUGAUCAAAGAGUACUUCGAACAUUGGUGGCUAAUUAUCUUCCUGAUAUAGACCAUGUUUUAGUUCAACAUGAUAUAGAACUAAGUUUAAUAUCUUUACAUUGGUUCUUAACUUUAUUUGCAUCUGUUGUACAUAAAAAAAUAUUGCUUCGUAUAUGGGAUAUGUUUCUUUUUGAUGGAUCUAUAGUUUUAUUUCAAGUUACACUUGGAAUGCUAAAAAUUAAAGAACAUGAAUUAAAACAAGUAGAAAAUUCUGCACAAAUAUUUAAUGCUCUUUCGGAUAUACCUGGAGAUAUUGACGAUGUAGAUUUAUUAUUUAAAGUAUCUUUAGAAGUAAGUGGGUCAUUAACAGAUGUUUUAGUUGAAACUCACAGACGUAGACAUUUGGCCUAUUUAAUGGCAGAUCAAGGUGGUUUAGUGGGUAAUCCUGAUGCUGUACCAAAUUUACCAAAACAACAUCUUAAUAGACGUCAAAUGAAAAGAAAUAAAUCAAUGUUUCAAACGUUUUUAUUUGGAAGUUAUGAUACUGAAGAUGAUGCAAAAUCAAAAAAUAUUCGUCAAACAGAAAUAUUGGUUGAUCUAAGAGAAGCUGUUCUGCAAGUUGCAAGACAUUUUAUAAAUGUUGAUCCAAAAUUAAGUAAUAUUGUGCUUGUAGCAGAUUAUAGUAUGGAAAGUCAUGCAAAAGAUCAUGAUAAUUAUGUAAAUGUAUCACGGACUAGAAAAAGAAGAGCUAAAGCAUUAUUAGAUUUUGAAAGACAUGAUGAUGAUGAAUUAGGAUUUCGAAAAAAUGAUAUAAUUACAAUUAUAAGUCAAAAAGAUGAACAUUGCUGGGUAGGAGAACUUAAUGGAUUAAGAGGAUGGUUUCCUGCAAAAUUUGUAGAACUAUUAGAUGAAAGAAGUAAACAAUAUACAUGUGCUGGAGAUGAUGCAGUUAGCGAAGCUGUUACUGAUUUAGUAAGAGGAACCUUGUGUCCAGCUAUAAAAGCAGUAUUAGAACAUGGAAUGCGUAGACCAUCAUUUUUAGGUGGUCCAUGUCAUCCAUGGCUUUUUAUUGAAGAAGCUUCAACUAGAGAAGUAGAAAAAGAUUUUAAUUCAGUUUAUAGCAGAUUAGUAUUAUGUAAAACAUAUAGAUUGGAUGAAGAUGGAAAAGUACUUACACCUGAAGAAUUACUAUAUCGAUGUGUUCAAUCAGUAAAUUUGACACAUGAUAAUGCACAUGCACAAAUGGAUGUGAAGUUACGAUCCCUCAUUUGUUUAGGUUUAAACGAACAAGUAUUGCAUUUAUGGCUUGAAGUUUUAUGCUCUUGUGUAGAAAUUGUGCAAAAAUGGUAUCAGCCAUGGAGUUUUAUAAAUAGUCCUGGCUGGGUACAAAUUAAAUGUGAAUUAAGAAUAUUAAGUCAAUUUGCAUUUAAUUUAAAUCCUGAUUGGGAAUUACCACCCAAGAAAGAACAAUCUCAACCUCUAAAAGAUGGUGUUCGUGACAUGUUAGUUAAACAUCAUUUAUUUAGUUGGGAUCUUUAGCACAUAAUAUAAAAAAAUUAACAAUUUUUGUAUUAAAUUUUUCAUAUAUGCCACAAUAAUAAGAAGAUAAUUGUGUAGUACAAAUCAAUUGUUAUUAUGUAUGUAGAUUAUGUAUUAUAUAUGUGGAUAUAUAUGUGUGUAUGUAUUAUACAAAUUCAAUGCUAUAAUACUUCUAUAUUUUUAUUUGUUUAUA